AUGUUCGGUGCGUAUGCCCGGUCUUGGACUUUGCCCCGCGUUAUCGCCAUUACUGUGGACACCGCGCGACCGUUCCGAUAUCUCCGGAGAGAGAAGCGUUAUCGGUGUGUCGCUGACGGUCUCUUCCCCGCUGCAAGUAGUCCGACACAGUGCCUUCUGUCGCAAGGUCGCCGGUCCUCAGCCGUCUUGGCAAAUAUCGUUUUUUUUGUGUGUCCAAUAUAUGUGCGAACCGGUGCGCCGUCGCCGUCAAUAUCCGUUUGUGAUUUCGUGUCCGUCCGAGCCGUUUUGCUCACCAUAGUGCUCGCGUUCCGUCUAUCAAUCGUGUACGACAGCGUUAGCACCUCGCGAAAACAUUCGUCAAGUGUUUUCAGCCACCCGUAG